AUGUCCCAAUGGAAUCAUACCACAAAAACUGAAUUCAUUUUUCUUGGAUUCACAAAACAAAAAGAGCUGCAAUUGCCCUUCUUCAUUCUGUUCCUAAAUGUCUAUAUUGCCACCUUAGUGGAGAAUCUGGGCAUGGUUUUACUGAUCAGGAAUGACUCACAGCUACACACUCCCAUGUAUUUCUUUCUUAGUCAUUUGGCUUUUGUGGAUAUCUGUUACUCUUCAGCCAUCACCCUGAAGAUGUUGUUGGAUCUCUUGUCAGAGAGAAAGAGCAUUGGGUUUUUCAGUUGUGCCACUCAAACGUUUUUCUUUGUCAUAUUUGGAAUUACUGAGUGCCUCCUCCUGCCUGUAGUGGCCUAUGAUUGUUAUGUGGCUAUUUGUAACCCCCUACUUUAUUCAGUCAUUAUGUCUGGCAAAAGGUGUGUCUGCCUAGUAGCUUGCUCAUACACAAUUGCUUUGUUCCAUGCAGUUACACAUAUCGUGUUCACGUUUACUUUAUCCUUUUGCAAAUCAAAUAAAAUCAGUCAUUACUUCUGUGAUAUUCCUCCGCUUCUCCAGCUUUCUUGCUCUGAUACCCAUAUUUACGAGAAGGUGAUAUUCGUGCUAGUAGUAACCACCACAGUGACCAUUAUUGUUUCCUAUACCUGCACACUGGCCACAAUCUUGAAGAUACACUCCACAGAGAGCAGGCGCAAAACCUUUUCGACCUGCACCUCCCACAUGUUGGUUGUUUUCAUGUUUUAUGGGACAAUUUUCUUCAUGUAUCUACGGCCUACCUCCAUGUACACACUGGAUCAGGACAAAGUGGCUUCCAUGUUUUACACAGUGGUGAUCCCUGUGCUGAACCCCCUGAUCUAUGCCUUGAGGAACAAGGAGGUGAAAUAUGCUCUCCAAAGAGCAAUCAAGAAGACAUCGCUAUCCUGA